UAAAUUACAUUACUUGACCGGUUUGAAUACGGAGGAGGAGGAGGUGGUGAGAGCUUCAAUGGCGCCUGUUAAGGUAACUGGCGCUGUUGUUGCUGCAGCGGCGAUGGUGUUGCUUUCUUCUUACUGUUACUGGAGCUUCUUCAUCCGCCUCUCCGAGAAGAAGAAGAGGAAGAGGAAGGAGAAGCUGAGUAUGAGAAACGGGCUCGUCGAUGCCAUUGGCAAUACUCCUCUGAUUCGUAUCAAUAGUCUCUCUGAGGCUACUGGAUGUGAGAUUCUUGGUAAAUGCGAGUUUUUGAAUCCAGGAGGUAGCGUUAAAGAUAGAGUUGCUGUGAAGAUCAUUCAAGAGGCUAUGGAAUCUGGUAAGCUAUUCCCGGGAGGAGUUGUAACAGAAGGUAGUGCGGGGAGUACUGCCAUUAGUCUAGCUACGGUUGCUCCAGCAUACGGGUGUAAAUGUCAUGUUGUUAUACCUGAUGAUGCUGCUAUUGAAAAGUCUCAAAUAAUUGAAGCCCUUGGAGCUACUGUUGAGAGGGUGAGGCCAGUGUCAAUAACUCACAAAGAUCACUUUGUCAACAUUGCGAGGCGACGGGCUGAGGAAGCAAACGAGUUAGCAUCAGAGAGAAGACUAGAACGCGAAUCAAAUGGCAUACACCAGGAGAAAACUAAUGGUUGCGCAGUUGCGGAAGAGAAAGAGCCUUCCUUUUUCUCAGAUUCAGUUACAGGUGGCUUCUUCGCGGAUCAAUUUGAAAACUUGGCAAAUUAUAGGGCUCAUUAUGAAGGUACUGGCCCUGAAAUCUGGCACCAGACUCAUGGCAACAUCGACGCCUUUGUUGCUGCUGCGGGUACCGGCGGUACUUUAGCUGGCGUUUCAAGGUUUCUGCAGGAGAAGAAUGAAAGAGUUAAAUGCUUCCUGAUCGAUCCUCCUGGAUCCGGUCUGUACAAUAAAGUAACACGGGGAGUGAUGUACACAAGAGAGGAAGCUGAAGGGCGUCGACUAAAGAACCCAUUUGAUACAAUAACAGAAGGGAUAGGAAUCAACAGGCUUACUAAAAACUUCCUCAUGGCAAAACUUGAUGGCGGUUUUCGUGGUACUGAUAAAGAAGCGGUUGAGAUGUCGAGGUUUCUUCUGGAGAAUGAUGGGCUUUUUCUUGGUAGCUCCUCAGCUAUGAACUGUGUUGGGGCAGUGAGGGUGGCUCAAACUCUUGGUCCUGGUCACACAAUUGUCACCAUUCUUUGUGAUAACGGAAUGAGGCAUCUAAGCAAGUUUCACGACCCUAAGUACUUGGAUCGAUAUGGAUUAAGUCCAACCGCUAUCGGAUUAGAGUUCCUCGGCAUUAAGUGAAACUAUCUAUUUGUUAGAUUAGCUUCAGAUUCAUCAAGCCUAGGUCUGCAGCGGGUUUCUCGUUUCACAUGAUGAUGACAUAUUCUUUGUGAUUAUUAGACAAUAGCUACGUAUCAACGGGAGAAAGUCAAAGCAACAAUACAUGUGUCUGACCUCUGAAACUCCCAUAGCUGCAUUUAACACCUGUCUCUUCAAUUGACCACAAGUCCUGACCUAAUGGGCUCCAUUACAAGAUUAUGGGGAACAUGCAAUCAGAUUUUGUCUUUGUAUCCAUUAGAUUCUUGUCUGUGUUCAAUGCAUUCUAUUAGAAACUCAAGAGUUCUUAUAAACAUAUAUAUCCAAAUCCUUCCUUAUAUAUAAA